AUGGUUUUAGAAAAUGUGAACGCAGUGGUUUCAAACUUCACAGAAGUAUAUUAUAAGCUGGAUUCUAUAAUUUUCAAUACUACGCUAGCGGAAAAGGAUCGAGAAGAUCAGAUUGGUAGAUUGGGUGAAACAUUUUCGAGGGAAGUACGCGCACUGUUAUUCAUAGCUCGGCAUUACCGACCAGAAGAUAAUUAUUCGAUAUUUGAACCCGAAGAGUCUUCUAGUUUUGGUGGACCAGUUCAAAAGGAAAUUGUGAUGGAAAAUGUGAAAGCUGUUGCAUCAAACAUCACUGAAGUCCAUAACAAGUUGGAAAAUAUUCUCACCAAUACAAAAUUGAAUUCCAAGGAAAAAGAAUCACAGAUUCAGAGACUCUCGGAGAUCUUUCCAAGAGAAGUUCGUGUGUUGUACUUCAUUGCUCGUCACUAUCGUCCAGAAGACACCACACCAGUUUUUGAAAUGGUGAAUGGAGAGGAAGCUUGGAAAUCAGCUUUUGGAUUGGCGCCACAAAAGAAUACUGAAUCUGAUAAAUUCAAAAGAUAUGUUAAUUGA